AUGGGAGAAGGAGGCAAAAGACGUGAUGGAGGACCCUCCAAUAUGGUUUAUGGUAGAGGUGGAGUCACAUCGACGGUGGUGUUGGCGAUGAUUUUUGUCAGAUCUAUUGUUCCGACGAAGCAAAUCGGAAAAGUUUUCUUGUAUUCUAUCAAAUCUGAAUGUCAAAGAUCUAGAGAUGAACUAGAUCUGGACUUCGAAGUAGAAUAUGAAGACGAAAAUCAUAGAUCUGAAGAGGAAAAUCGUAGAUCUAAAGCUGAAAUUGUAGAUCUGAAGAGGGAUAUCGUAAAUCUGAAGCUGAAACAGCAGAUUUGGAGCCAACCAGAGCUUGUGGAUCUAGUGGCGGUGGUUCGUCGGCGCAAACCCAUCGGGAUCACAUUAUUCAUCUGGGUGGAUUUGCGCACAACUCAACUGGAACCUGUAGGUUUCGACAUGGCUCUUCCUCUCUUUGCUAUCUUCUUCCCAACUGUUAGAUUUUUCCUCGACAGAUUAAUUUUUGAGCGUGUAGGUAGGUGGUUAAUAUUUAACAAAGGGCAGCAGAAGUUGGAUGUUGAGACAGAUGACAGGAAUAAAAAGAUAAGAAAAUUUAAAGAAUCAGCAUGGAAAUGUGUUUAUUAUCUUUCAGCAGAAAUCCUAGCCCUUGCUGUAACGUAUAAUGAACCUUGGGCCACUAACACCAACAAUUUCUGGAUAGGCCCUGGAGAUCAAAGAUGGCCUGAUCAGAAAAUGAAGCUGAAAUUGAAAGGACUUUACAUGUAUACGGGUGGAUUCUACACCUACUCCAUCUUUGCUUUGAUUUUCUGGGAAACAAGAAGAUCCGAUUUUGGUGUUUCCAUGGGGCAUCAUGUUGCAACUGCUAUCCUCAUUGCAAUGUCUUAUAUUUGCAGGUUUGCACGAGCUGGAUCGGUUGUUUUAGCACUUCAUGAUGCAAGUGAUGUGUUUCUUGAAGUUGGAAAGAUGUCUAAAUACAGUGGAGCCGAAGCACUUGCAAGCUUUUCAUUUAUUUUGUUUGUAAUUUCAUGGGUGCUUCUUCGCCUUAUUUAUUACCCUUUUUGGAUCUUAUGGAGUACAAGUUAUGAAGUUGUUCAAACAUUGGAUAAAGAGAAACAUGUUAAAGAGGGGCCCAUGUAUUACUAUGUCUUCAACACCCUUCUUUUCUGUUUGCUUGUUCUUCAUAUUUACUGGUGGGUCCUUAUGUAUCGCAUGCUUGUCAAACAAAUUCAAGAUCGAGGCAAACUUAGUGAUGAUGUUCGCUCUGAUUCGGAUAGUGAUAAAGAACAUGAAGAUUGAUUGGUGAUGAGAGGGAAGUCAAAAUGAAGUCAACGUGGGAUGGGAGUCUAAUAUUUAAAAAGUAUUAAGAUCUUUAUGGAUUCAGUUGUUUUGUUAUUAUUAUUAUUAUUAAUUUGCAGGUGGAGGGAUGUUUUUUCAAUCAACCUUAAAUCUGUGUGACUAGUGAGGGAAAGACUUGUAUAGAUAGAGAGAUUCAAAUUGCUAUAAAAAAAAAGUCAAUCUUUCCUCAUUGCAUGCUAGUUUGCAGACAAGUUAUCUUUUCUAUUUUUUUUUUUUAAUUUUUUUUUUUGUAGUUUGUUGAUAGUUUUUUAGGUUUUGAAGAGACUUUUAUAAUCACCAAGGAAUUGAUCUUGGUG